AUGAACUGCGUGCGCAUGCGGCUACAAUGCCGCUUGAUGCCAUCUUCCAAUACUCUGGGCCGUUGGUGUCUUGAAUCACCCCAGAAGAAUCUCACCCUUCACCGUCCUAGGAUAUCCAUUGUCGCACUGAGACAAGCCUCUACCUCGGUGUCGCCCAAGACCAGGGAAACAGAAGCCGAGGCAAAAGCCAAGAAAUUGGACCAAAAACGGCUUGACGAACACGAAGAGGAGGUCAGGGCGCGCGAGCAACAAGUAAGACGCCCAUGGCAUCGCGAAGGUGCCGAUAAGCCUCCGGUCGAAGGCAAUACCGAACCCAUAGCAAAAGGCAAGCUGCUGACAACGCCGACUCGUCUCCUCAAACUCAUACUUCCUCUACCCCUUCGUGUCGAAAAAGACCAAAAGAACAAUGGCCGUAACAAUGAGUACGGCCGUUCGAUAUCCCUCAACAGCGACAUCCAGCCACUCGCUCUGCUUAUACACCCACAACAGCCACUUUCCUACGUCGAACGCCUGAUCCAAACCGAGCUUCCGCCUGUGGUCGAAAGUGGCCAGGAAAAAAUCCCCAACGUUUACUUCCGAGCCGAAGAUUCCGAACAAGGCGACCAGAAACCCAUGAGCCGCUCCGAAGCGAGAUCCAAGGACAAUGGCGGGGAGCCUAGCGAGUACAAUACCAACCUGUCACACGUGGCCUCCUAUUCCGGACUUGGCCACCGAGGCCCCAAGCGGAGUUCCCAAGAUAAGAGAUGGGUGCGGUGGAGCAGUAGUACCGAAAUGGGCGACUUUAUUCGGGACGCAGCGCGCGGCCGAGAGUUUGCCAUUGAAAUCGAAGGCUAUAACAUUGAGAUGCGCGUGAGUGUUCCCUCGUUCGGGGACCGGACCUAUUACAUGCGCCAGCGUCUGCGUAAAAUGAGCUCCGAGAUCGACGGGUUGGCCAAGAUUAAGCACGAGUGCGAUCUCCUGGCACACCGGAGCGCACAUCGCCUCGCCAAGGGCGGGUUUGGCCUGCUUGCUGGGUGGUGGGGAGUGGUGUACUAUGUGACGUUCCAUACCGAGUUUGGCUGGGAUCUGGUCGAGCCGGUGACGUACCUGGCGGGACUGACGACCAUCAUGGGCGGUUAUCUGUGGUUCCUCUAUAUCAACAAGGACCUUAGCUACAAGGCUGCCAUGAAUGUGACGGUUUCGAGAAGGCAGCAUGCCUUGUACGAGAUGAAGGGCUUCGACAUUGAGCGGUGGGAGCAGUUGGUGCAGGACGCAAACGCGCUGAGGAGGGAGAUCCGAGUGAUUGCGGUGGAAUACGACGUUGACUGGGAUGAGACACGCGACGUGGGUGAAGACGUAAAGGAUGUCCUCGACGAAGAGAGGUCAAGGAGAGACGACGAGCACCGGUCGAUUGAGAAGGAGAAGGACGAGAAAUUCACCGAGGAUGAAAAGAGAAAACGCAAGAAGGAGAAGGGGUCCAAGGAGGAGUCGGGAGAUUCAUGA